AUGUGGACCAAUAUUAGUGAGGCCCCCUUUUUGCUUACUGGAUUCCCAGGACUACAGAUAGCUCAUCAUCAGAUCUCCAUACCCUUUCUUGCAGCCUAUGACUAUAUCCUUUUUGGCAAUGGUGCACUCCUCUAUCUCAUCAAGGAUGACCAAAGUCUUCAAAAACCCAUGUACUAUUUCCUUGCUAUGCUGGCAGGCACAGACAUCAUGGGGACAUUGACCACUAUGCUCACAGAGAUGGGCAUCUUGUGGGUGAAUCACAGGGAAAUUAGCCAUGCAGGUUGCUUCUUGCAAGCCUACUUUAUUCACUCCAUUUCUAUUGUAGAAUCGGAUAUCCUCCUUGCCAUGGCCUAUGAUCACUUCAUUGCCAUCCACAAUCCUUUCAGGUAUGCAUCUCAGCAAUACUCAAGUGGUAAAGUUCGGAGUGGGGAUUUUUCUGAGGGUUUUGUACUCAUCAGAUGUUUAAUUGUACGUCUUUUUUCAUUUUCAUAUUGCCACUCUCAUGUUCUUUCCCAUGCUUUCUGCCUUCAAGACAUCAUGAAAUUGGCCUGUGCUGAUAUAACUUUCAAUAAACUUUACCCAGUAAUUCUAAUUUGUCUAACAACUUUCUUAGACUUUCUGAUUAUCCUUUUCUCCUAUAUUCUAAUUCUCAGGACUAUCCUGGGCAUUGCCUCUGGUGAAGAGAGGGCCAAGGCACUCAACACCUGUAUCUCCCACAUUUCUUCUGUCCUAAUCUUCUUUGGCACAGGCAUUGGUCUGUCACUCAUUCACAGAUUGGGGAGGAAUGUUCCAGAGGUGGUCCAUAUCAUCAUGAGAUAUGCCUACUUUCGCUUUCCUCUUUUAAUGAAUCCCUUUAUCUAUAGCAUCAAGAUAAAGCAAAUCCAUUAUGGCCUUAUCCACCUUUUCUCUAAACAUAGAUUUCAUAGUUAA